AUGUCACCUGCUGCUCUUGCCGAGAUGCAGCCAGAUCCACAACAUGAUCAGCUUCAGGCCGUGGGCAAGGCCUUUGAUGCUUUACUACUAACCGUUUAUCGACUUACUCACAGACAAAAUGAGAUGUUCCAGCACAUGGAUAAGGUCUUCAAGGAGUACUCCGAUGUUAUAGAAACACUGCCUCCUCAAGAUAGACCUCCUGCACUGGACAUUCAUACCAAACUGCUUGCGCAGCAAGAAGAAUACCGUCAGGGCCUCGUACACAGCAAGCCUCGGGUGGAGGAACAACCGUUGAAUUCCAGAGAUGUAAUCAAGACCCUCGUUGCACACCAAAAUGUAGACGAAAAUACCACUGCGGCCAUCAAGGACGGGGUCAAAGGCUGCAAGUCUCUGCUCCGUUCGCAAGAUGGCCUAUCUCAAAGAUCCAAUUCCUGCAUCCUUGCGCGGGUUCCUUCCCCACCACCUGCGCUGGAGAAAGACUUCACCACAAACGGUACCCAGGGAAACCUGCAUUGCCCAUUUUCCAAACCGAAUAAGAUGCAGAACGGAAGUGAGAUCCCCAGUGGGAGAAGCUCUGCUCCAAAGAUCCAGAUUGACUCCACCUGCGGGCAUGAGCAUCUCGAUCCUAUCAAAGCAGAGCUGGAGGACCGACGCUCUAGCCAUACUCCAUCCGCUCCCUCAUCUAAAGGCGCCUGUCCCGUCUCUCGAUGCCCAAUCCGAUUCCUGGACCAACACUCUCCAGAAGAAAUCGCUGAAUAUGUGGAACGACACAAACAUGAAAUCCCGCGGAGCCAUGCCAUCUGCGUCAACCGAUACCAACGCAACCCACAGAACAUGCGACACCUGGACGCUAAGUAUGGCGGGCUGACUAGCAUGAUCGCCGGCCUAGGAGUCAAACAUCAAGCGUUCUUGCCCGACUGCCAAAACGGGGAGGGCAAGUCUUCAACCUCCGCGUCUACACAACGUGUUGAGAAAUGGGCUGAGAACGUGGACCCGGAGACACCUGGAGCUCCUAAUAAUGAAGCUCCUGAUCAUGAUGAUGAUGACAAUCGUCAGAGUCACUUCGACCGUCCACUCCGCGAAGUUCGUGUGGGUGAAUCUCCGAGCAGGCCUUGGGGUAUCUCAGUACCAGUCACACACCUUCCUCCUGCUUCAGUGCCGACCUCCGGCCUGGCCCCUGGACCCAUUUCGACCGAUCAAUUCAAUACUUCACCCGAGAAGUCCGCCGACGUCGCUGACACCGGUGUUGAUGUUCCAGCCAAGCCUGCCGGGCGUUGUCCCUUUGGCCACGGGGCCCAGAAGCCAGCUGAACACCCCAAGACUGAGCCCGAAGGACCCUGGAAAGACUGGGCAAAGGAAUGGCCCAAGAAUGACAAGGGCCCAUCUACAGAUGAGACAACUGCUCCUCCUAUCCCUGCUCCUGCCAGCGAAGACCCGACUACCAAACCCGAUCUCCCUUCCACCACCUCCGUUCCCUCUCACAUCACUUUCAAUGGUCCCGUCUUCUUUGGGUAUUCCGCCGAACAGACCGCCAGCUUUAUGCAACAGCUUGGCAACCUGGGCAAAUCGUGA